UGUAACUCUCUGGAAAUGGGUGGUUGGUGUUGCUCUUUCUCAAGGUAUUUUCACUAAAGGUUAACCACAAAGAGGAAGUACCAUCACUCACAGACCUGCGGCAGAGAAGCCUCACGUCCAUCCAUCUGCGGAGUUCAACAGGGAAUGGACGCAAAAUGUCUCUACUGGAAUUAAUCCUUAUUUUUGUCCUUCAGUUUGAGUUUGAAGCAGGCAACCUUGAAAAACACAAUUUCUACAAAAGACCUGGAGAUGAUGCUAUUCUGCCCUGUUCCAGUGUAUCAUCCUCUAACACAACAUGCUCCAGUGUUUCAUGGUUUUACAACAGAGGACCAUCUCUGACUUUCUAUGAUGUUGUAAAUGGAAGUGUUUGGCAGACCUCAGCCCGAGCUGCCAGGCUGAGUGUGGACACUAAGUGCUCUCUUGACAUUAAAAACAUCACUGCUGAAGAUGCUGGUCUCUACACCUGCCGGCAGGGGAUGGACUUUGAUAAGGAUCUAGCAACACAUCUCAAGGUUCUGACAAUCUCUCCAUCUCCUCCAGACGCUGAUCCAAUGAGUGACGGUAACAUCACAUUAGAGUGCUCUCUGUUGAGAUACAGCGACCUCCCUCCUUGUCAACAAAACAGCAUCCGCUGGGUAAACGAGACAGGAACUGUGCUGCUUGGUGAAGGUGUCGGGUACAAGCUCCUCGGACAGAAGGACUGUGUUUCUGUUCUGACUGUGAAACGUCAGAGUGGCCAUAACAGGACAUACACCUGCCAGUAUGUUCAUAAGGAGAACAAUGUAGAGAUAGAGGCUGACUACACACCUGUCUUCACAGGCAAUCAGCCAGGAAAUUCAAAUUCAGGUUCAACAGAUUCCACAGAUUGGUCUCCUCUGAGCUACGUCUUGUUGACUCUGAGAAUUGCAGGACUGAUCCUGAUGAUUGUAAUCACAGUUCAAGUCAUCAGAGACAGAGGGAAAACAAAUCCACUGGAAAAUGAGAACAAUGUAAAUAAUGAUGCAGAAGUCCAGUAUGAAAAUGUAAAAGCACAUUCUGCUGCUACUAGACUGCAGUGAUCGACAGCUUCCACACCAACUUCAACUCACCACAAAGUCAAAUAUCAUUUUUCCUGAGUGAUCGAAGCUUUGAGUUAAAAUUGUUUUAUGUUUAGAUAAGAUACUUUGCUUGUUCUUUUUACUCUUUAAAUGUAAAGAAUUUCUGUCAAACUGUUUUCAUGCCACCAACAAGCAGAUGUUCUGUAGCUUCAGGUGAGAAAACAUUCACAAUGUCAGUGUUUUUAUUAAUAAAAAGGAACAAAUGACUACUUGUAUUGUAAAAAUGUAAUAUCACAUGCUUUGCAUUUAUACAGCUCUUUUUAGUCUGAUUUAGCUAACAGUUUAGGUUUUAUGGCAUUUUGCUGCUCUCAUCCACCCUGUUUCCAGCAGUAGCCGGCAGCUCUACUGUAAACUCAGCACCAAACAGCAGAAAGACAGAACAUUUAUCAGCUAAAGAACAAGAUAUUUUUCUCAGGAGUUGGUGGAUAGCAAACAGCUAAAAGAGUGGAUGUUGGACACAUCAGGUGGAUGGAAACACAACUCGAAUGGUCUGCUGGAUGUCUAAAUACUGUAGGCAACUAUUUGCUUUGCUCUAUAAAAGGUGUUAAGAAUGCUUGUAAGAAUGUUUUUUGUAAUAAAGAAGCCACAAAUGGAUUAACUGAAUUUUAAGUGA